GAUGUGCAAGUGGAAAUAGCAGAAGCAUGUAUUUAAUCCCAAAAUCAAUUGGAUGACAACAGACCUAAUUGCUCCUCUGAGACAAACAACUUUCGAGAAAUGUAACCCGGUGCGGUAGUGAUCGUGGCCUCGAAGCGAGUCCUUUUACGGCGGGGACGAGCAUCGAAAGCGGAGGAGAGCCUCCCUCCCUCCCUCUCUCUCUCUCUCUUUCUCUUUCUCUUUCUCUCCCCGAUCGUCCACUUUGGCCCACAGACGAAUCAAACCGGCAACGUCCAGAGCGCAAGGGAAACCAGAGGAGAACCAGAUUCGCCACAACGAAGAAAGAAAGACAGAUCGAAAGCGAAGACGGGGCCAGGUUUACGGAGCUAUCAUGGAGUAAAGCAGCGUGGUGGAUCGUAAAAGGGGGAGAAAAAAGAAAACGGAGAAAGGGUGACAAUUCGGAGGGGGGGAGGGGGAGGGGAAGAAGAAAAGAGAACACUUUCAUACAGAGGUAGAUCUAGCAUGAAGUAGAAGAGAAUUUUUAAGAGGAAGAUAUCGAAGGAAGAGAAAGAAAGGAUAAGAAAAGAAAGAAACGAAAAGGAGCUGAUCGAUUCGGACAUUGAAGAUCGACUUUAGAGGGGAAGGAUCGAGGAAGAAUCUAAAUGACAGAUAAGGAAAAAGGGGAGAAGGCGAAGAAGGAGGGUUAGAGGGGAGAAAAGGUGGUCGAGAUUGUGGAGGAAGCUGGUGAGGGAAAGGAAUGGGUGCCGGGAUGGGCAGAAGCGGCACGAGCGGCGGCUUUCUCGAGGCACUUCCCACGGGAACGCCGCUCCACGUGGCCAUGCUCGGUCUUGAUAGUGCUGGGAAAACCACCGCGUUGUAUCGGCUCAAGUUCGACCAGUACCUAAACACCGUGCCCACCAUCGGCUUCAACUGCGAGAGAAUCCGUGGUGGCAUCGGGAAAGCGAAAGGUGUAAAUUUUCUCGUGUGGGAUGUGGGCGGGCAGGAGAAAUUACGACCAUUAUGGAAGUCCUAUACCCGAUGCACGGACGGUAUUAUCUUCGUGGUUGACUCUUGCGACGCAGAACGGCUCGAGGAGGCAAAGAUGGAGCUGACCAGAACCGCCAGGAGCCCGGAUAACGCUGGUGUUCCCAUUUUGAUCCUAGCCAACAAGCAGGAUCUGCCAGGUGCCAAAGAGGUAGGCGAGUUGGAAAAGCACUUAGGCGUCCUGGAGUUAGCCGGGAUGCCGGGUAGUGCGUGCAUCAGAGUGCAGCCGGCCUGCGCGAUCACCGGCGAGGGUCUCCACGAGGGAUUGGACACGUUGUAUCAGCUGAUAUUGAAGCGGCGUAAGCUGGCGAAGUUGAACAGGAAGCGGGCCAGGUAGGCCAGGGCCUCGGAGGACUGCACGUGCGUCUUCUGAUUUUGUAAGUCGCGGACAGUCUCUCCUUUGGACACAGCCACGCCUUCCACGGUGUCUUCUUCCUCUUCGUCAUGCUGCGAUGGCGACGUCCACGAGGUGUUCGAGUGAACGCACGUGCACAC